GCAAUGGCGCCUCGAGUGAGAGUCAACAUGGUGAGCGACGAUGCCGACCACAGCUACCCGGAAUCAUCACCCGAUCCGCUUGCAAUGUCAGUCAACAGCAACAAAGAGUCAAAGCCGGAACGCAAAUCUUCACGCGCCGCGAAAGCACCUCUCGCAUCGAGCUCGCCCAACAAACAAGCUCGCCGACCAAGCAUCACUGAACAGUUGCUAGAAUUCUCGUCCCCUUCCAAGUCAAUGGUUAUGAAUACGGGACGACCUGGCGGUGCAAGCCCAUGGCGCAUCAAGGUCACAGUGGAGGCAGAACCAGGAAGCGGCUCAGAGAACGGUAACAUGGAGUCGCCGACUGUCAAGCACGUGACGCGAACACGAACUAAAACAACAACUGUUCCAUUGAAAGAUGCGGACGAUGCUUCUCCAGUCAAGCGCCGUGGCAGACCAAGGAAGUCGGAGACUACGGCUAGCCUAAAGCCAAAAUCGAAGCGCAGCGGGACUCCAGUCCGAAGAAGGUCAAAACCAAGGAAAUUAGAUGUCGGUGCUGCCGAUAUAAGUGCUGCCGAUUCAUUAACGGAUGCCGCGCCCAACAAACGAAGGGGACGUCCGAGAAAGAGCGUUCAGCCUAAACGAGACGAGACAUUCUUCGUGAAUGAGCAGCCAUUGCAGUCCCAGUUAGAACCACCAACCGCUCAAAUUCCGCCCACCCGCUCUGAGGAGCCCGAAUCUGAGCCCCAGGAAGAGGCGCCAGCAAUUUCAACUAUUCGUGCAACUCGGCAGGAUUCCACUCCUCAAUUAGAGAUUCCUAUCGUCCAGACUACCCGUGCAAGCCCUCAGGAGCCACAGCCGAAGCCGGACCCCAACCCAACCCUCAAGAUACCUCAUUUCCUUGCACUCAAAACCACCCUUGCACCAAGGAGCCGGGGAACGCCGGCCCCAGAGGAGUAUAACGAGCCCACUGUUUCCAUACCUCGAACAACCGAGCUCUCCGACAAGAUUCGCGCGCGAAGGUCAACACCCGCAGCGAAAGGUCGAGUUAUCCUAGAAGACUCGUCUGACGAUGAAAACGCUGGAGUCCACACGCCAUCCGGUACCGACGAGGAGGGAGCAGCGACCGAUUCGCACGAAGUGGCCAACCGGAAGCAGGCAACGCGUCAACAUAAAAGCAGUAUGCUAGUUAGAGAACAAGAGUUUGACGAUGACGACGAUGACGACGACGAACAGUUCAACGAUAUGACAAUAUAUGCGUUCGGUGAAGGCAAUACCAAGAUGCUCGACGAUACGACAGUUCUCGAAAGUGAAAAUUUCAGCAUGGUAUCAGUUGAUUCCUUACCGAGCGGCAAAGGUUUAAGCAGCCUAAUAGAAGAACAAUUAGAUUACACGAAGCCAGCCGCGAAAUCUUAUCAUUCCAUCCUCAAUGAAUCCCAGGUUCAACUACCAUUAGCGGCACCCCGGCACUUCCGCAGCAGCCCUCUACCCCAAAGGGGAGCAUCUCCAGGUCCUUCCUCUACUGCGUUGAGACCCCAAGCCCGCUCUUCUUCCUUUGGUCCUCCGCCACGAUACCACACACCAACUGUUGAAUCGCGAUCUCCAUCCAAUCCACCUGCAAUCGAGCCAAGUCAACUUUCUCUUAAGGACGCGGAAACUCCCAAGCUUGCCAAAGUGGUGAAAGCUGGAAUUGCGCUUCAGGGCCUCUUGGAUCCAGCCCGCAUCACUCCAAAAGAAGAGUCUUCUGAGCAGGCCUUAGGGAAGCGGAAAGAUCGUCUAGACGAUCUUUUCCGAGGAUUCAGCGAAGGAACUAGAAGGGAGCUUCAAGCUGGACUUCGCUUAGGAGAACAAUUGGCAAGGCAGAGUCAGGAGCGAGACGUGAAGAGGGGUUCUUCUCCGGCUUUACCCACUCCAUCCAAGACACUCCUGUCUGGAGAUGCACAAGAUGACGUCUUUAAACCAUCUUCGAAACACCGCCAGUCACGUCUCCUCACACCGGAAGAUCAAGGCGACUAUACACUUCCGCUUCCUCUGCCUACGAAGGAUGCCGAUAUCGAGUAUCCAUCUCUGAGAGUGACCGCCCAUUACAGUCAUCUUGUCAGUCCUGCCCGGAGCGAGGAUGAAAUGAGUUGGCGAGUCGACACACCCCCUGCCCGGUUAGGUAGCAGCGGAUGCAAACAUUUGCUUACCACAAGCAACGAGGAAGGGAAACUGCACCACGGACAAUCUGUUCUUGCUGUUCCUGGCGAACCUCAGGAAGAAGACUACUCUGACGUUUGGCAAGAGGAGGCCAGUCGAUCUCCAGACCUGCCUUCUUACAACGACGGCUCCCCAGAAUAUGAAUCCGAAAAUACUCCUCAGCUGCAAGACCUGUUUACAAAUGAUGAUAGCUUGGUCAAACCCGCACGAAGCAAGAUUCCAAAGACGUGGCGCCGAACGAGCUCGAGUGACUUCAACUACAGUGAUGAAGCUGAUGAGGAAAUUUCUUAUUCUCCAGUAGCCAGGGAGCAAGAGGAGCAUCCGGCUGCAAAGCCUGUAGAUGAGAGCAAGGAGAAGCCUCUAGAGCUAGCUAUUCCUAAGAAGCAAGAGGUUGAAGAUGAAGGAAAUUAUAGUGAAGCCAGCGACGACACAGGCAUGUUCUUCCAAUGUAACCUUCCUAAUAUCUUCAAAAAGAAGUCCGAAACUAGGCUUCGAGAUACGAGGGGAGGUAAAGUAGAUCUCUCACUACUGCUAGGUGAAGGGGACAGCCUAGUCCCGGAAUCUUCACCGGCAGUGAAAUCGCCACAGCCAAUCCAGCGAAAUAUUUUCAAGAACGUGCCAUCUCACUUCACGGGAUUCCAAGCUUCACCUGCCAGAAGCAGCCCGCUGAGAUAUGAAAUGGAGAUCCAAGGGCCGGAGCAGAGCUAUGACCAGAGUAUAGAUAGAUCGGCCUUUCAACCCAGUUCACCAUUCCGCACUCAGGUAGACGAUACCAUGGGUUCUGAUGUCCAGCAGUUACGACAGGAAAUGGAAGGUCACACUGACUCGAGUCUUCGGCACCUGCGCGAGGAAGCGGACGCGCAUGCCCACGCAUACGAACCCCAAGACCGCACGCUACACGAAAUCGAGGAAGUGACGGAGCCUUCACACACCCAAGCAACGGAGAUGCUUCCAUUGUCUCCGCCACAAGCAAUUGAAGGCAGUGUCCUCGUUCCUAAGCGUGUUUAUCCCCCGCUAUUCGGCGAUGCGAAGUCUGCUGCUGUUUCACGAGGACACUCACCCACAAGGCGCACAGUCCGCAAACCCGUCGAGACGAAAAUCUACAAGUCUAUCGAGACACCAACAGUCUCCGUCAGUCCUACUGUAGAAGAAGGGCCCAUCGGUAUCUUCAACCGCCUCACCUCGACGCUCUGGAGCGCGUUAGGAGCUCCCGCACCCCCACCACCCCAUCCUGCGGCAGCCAAAUUCGACCCUUUGCCGAAAGUCGAACCGUGGACGAAGACACAUUACAAAACCCUCGACGCCCUCUACCAACUCCACAAAAACCAACCCACACUCUUUGCCCCCGCCUCAACCAACACAUCCAACACAAACAACACAGUUCUCACAUCAUUCCUCACCACCAACAAACAAUACCCCUUCAUCGGCGCCAGGUUCUGCAGCUGGGGCUACAGCGUGCGUAUGACGGAGCCGCUGAUCGUUCUGUGUGCUGUGUUUAUGCAACUGUUGAAAUUAAACGAUAUAGCUGAGUAUGAGCGCGCGACUGGCAAGAAUAUUGAGCUCGGGGAUUGCAACCCGGGGGAUUCGGGUACGGGGAUUGAUGCGUUGUGUGUGGCGACUAGGUUGGCGAGUGUGGUUAUGGGGGAGGCAUUGAGGAGGGAUGAGAAGAGGGGACAGAAGGUUAGGAGGGAGGGCGCGGCGGAGACCUUUACUGGCAUGGAGGGUAUGGAAGAGUUGUGCUUAUAUAAUACUUACCUUUUGCGUUCUCUGGGGGCGGGUGGGAAAAUGGGAGUUGGCGCCGUUCUCGGUUCUAGAGUGAAGUAA